UAUCAGAUGUUGCUAGGGGAGGACGAAGAAAAUACGCCCCCUCCUCCCAUCUCGCAAACCCCUACAAAUUACCGUACGCCCUCGCGUGUGCGCGCGCGAGCGCGAGCGCCCAUUGAGCCCACGUGCGCACGCUUUGACUAACUUUCUCUCACUUCUUCUUGACCAAUUCACUCAUCCCCAAGCUACCAUGGCUGCGAUGCCCAUCAACCCCAAGCCGUAUCUGAACGGCCUUACUGGUAAACCUGUCAUUGCCAAGUUGAAGUGGGGAAUGGAGUACAAAGGUUACCUCGUUUCCACGGACAACUACAUGAACCUGCAGCUAGCCAAUACGGAGGAGUAUAUCGAGGGUCAGCUCACCGGACAAUUAGGAGACGUCUUAAUAAGGUGCAACAAUGUCCUCUAUGUGCGUGGCGUUGAAGAGGAAGAGGAGGAUGGGGAGAUGAAGGAAUAAUCUACACCACCCUGCAAUAUUAUCUCCCUUUUUCCCCACUCAAGCUAGAAUAAUGUUGCAUCUUUCUAUACAUGACAUUUUGUGUGAGUGCCCACUCUUUCACUCCGACUUGUAAUGUAAAACAUCAUUUCAUCUUUCCCGAACACAGUAAUUAAAAACUACACAUACUGCCCACUCCUUCUUUUAUUUCCGACUAACGGCAUUACAUUUGCUCGAGGAAAGGAGCAUUCGUGAAACGGUGUGUGUAGUCUUUCGGUAGGAGUUCAUCAUCCUCCGCGCCUUCUUCUUGACGUCGGGGUGAGGG